AUGGAUGAUAUCAUUUACCAGUAUCACAUGCUGCAAAAUGAGAUAGAGAUGGAAGCAAUUGAUGAAGAAGAAUCUGCACUCAUUGUCGCAGCUGUUGUACUGGUGGGAGCCGAGCAGACUCGGCAAGAACGAAUCAACAGACGUCAACCACAACGACUUUAUCUCUGCCGCACGCAGCUACUUCCUAAUCCACGGUUGAGUACCCCAUGGCAAACUUUAUUUGCAAGCCAGAAUGACCAAGCCUUCAUUACAACCAUGGGCUUUGACAUGGACACAUUCACCUUCAUGCUCACAUCUGGCUUCGCGGAACACUGGUAUCAUACACCCAUUCCUCGUGACGACAUCAGUCAGUAUGCUAAUCCUCGCAUUGAACGUUGA